AUGAAUUAAAUCACUGACUCUACCUACAACCCGCUAAAAUUGCUUAUUUAUUCUCAUGCAUUUGCUUCCCCUUUCUCUGCCCAUACAUGGCUUUGUCUUUAAUUUCCCAACCGUCUGAAAAACUUUAUAUAAAGAUCUCUCUCUCUCUCUCUCUCUCUCUCAUAUAUAAGCAUAUAUUGUUUAGAGGCCCUUGUUUGUGAGCUUCUUUGCGUUAUUCAAGGAAAUGAGCAUCUUCUCAUUGAUUACAGGGAGGCCAGGCCCAAGUGGGUUUGGCUCAGCUUCGACUGCUGAACAAGUUACUGAAGGGAUUGAUGCCAGUAAUCUCACUGCUAUUGUUACUGGAGGAGCGAGUGGAAUUGGCUUGGAGACUGUGAGAGUGUUGGCUCUCCGGAAAGCUCAUGUCAUCAUUGCUGCAAGGAACAUGGAAGCUGCAAAUGCAGCAAAACAGCUUAUUCUUAAAGACAACGAAACUGCGCGUGUGGAUGUCCUAAAGCUCGACCUGAGCUCCAUGAAGUCUGUUAGAGCAUUUGUUGACGACUUCAAUGCUCUUGACGUUCCCCUUAACAUCUUGAUAAACAAUGCCGGUGUCAUGUUCUGCCCCUUCCAGCUUUCAAAAGAUGGAAUAGAGAUGCAAUUUGCUACAAAUCAUAUAGGUUAUAUCUCACUUCACUUCUCAGGUCAUUUCCUCUUAACGAAUCUUCUUCUUGAGAAAAUGAAGAACACAGCAAGAUCAACCGGCAUCGAGGGCAGGAUUGUGAACUUGUCAUCAAUAGCCCACAACUACACUUACGAACAUGGGAUCCGAUUUGAUCAGAUCAAUGAUGAAAGUGGUUAUUCUGACAAAAGGGCGUAUGGACAAUCCAAAUUAGCAAACAUAUUACAUGCGAAUGAACUCUCUCGUUGUUUCCAGGAAGAAGGUAUAAACAUUACUGUGAAUUCAGUCCAUCCGGGAUUGAUAAUGACUCCUCUCAUGAGAUAUUCUGAACUUCUGAUGAGAGUUCUACGGGUGUUCACCUUUUAUCUAUGGAAGAACGUACCUCAGGGAGCAUCCACGACUUGCUACGUCGCACUCCACCCAAAUCUGAAAGGUGUUACUGGAAAGUACCAUCUGGACUGCAAUGAGUUGGAACCAAGUGCGUUUGCAAGAGAUACAGUGUUGGCUAAAAAGCUCUGGGACUUCAGCAACAAGUUGGUUUCUUCAGCUGCAAAACCUUGAAAAUAUAUAGCUGCUCUGCUUGUUUGGUAAUAUAUUAAUAUAUCUCUCUUGUCAACAAGUAUAUGACAAGGCAGUCCCAGUUUUUGUUUUUUGUUUUUUUUUUUUUAAUAUAUAUUGUUAUUUUGGUAUGGGUGAAAGAUAUACCCAAAUAUUUGUACUUCGUUCUUAAGAAUUUCAUGCCACUGGCUAAAUUGUUAUACUUAUCUAAAUCUCUUAUUUAAGAA